AUGGCCCAUUCGGUAAGUAAACGUAGCGUUUUGAAUAUAUGUUUACGAUAUUUUCAGAGUCAUAGGCUGGAUAAAGUUGUUUUUGAAUAUAUGUUUACGAUAGUUUUAGAUUAAUAUGUUUAUGAUAUUUCUAGAUUAAUAUGUUGGAUCUUAUCAAAGCUUGUGAAGCUGAAAGUGAACUCGACUUUCUUCAGGAGUCGUUUGUUCUGACUGAUGAGCAGAAGGAAGCUGUUCAUCAACAGCGCAUUAUAUUUUGGACGAACGCGAUGGCCGAAGAUAUUGAACGGGAGAAUCCGGUUGGAGUUGUUGAUGGCUUCAUGGAUAAUUGGACCGAGGAUCAACGUCGCCUGUUCAACGAAGUCUGGGCCAAUGAUGAUGGUUUAUGCGAACUCGAACAGUUACCUGAACCGCCAGAAAACCAAAUGGGUGAAGGGAGCAAGCGAAAGCAUGCCAGUGAUGACGCCCCCUCAAAACGCCAAAGACCAGAGGAGUAUUUCACUAUUAAAUCGGCGAAACAAAUCAACGUGAGGAAAUUCAGGACGACAGGUACACAUUAAAUUGUUUUUAUAUUUUUAAGCGUAACAUCGACUACGUGUGGGAUAUAGAUUGUUAUGUGCGAGUAAGGUUUCGUUUUUAUUAGGCUACAUUUACACUAUACCGGAUUGCUAUCGGAGUGGGUCAAAUUUUGUUGGUAUCGAAAAGCUGUGAAGAUUUUUAAUCUCAGAGACCCAAAUAAAAAUGCCGAUUCUGUCAAACUAAUAAGCAUUUGCUACUAGCCAUUGCUCCGUAACGGCAAAAGAAGAUGUAGUGACCAGCGAAUCCGGUAUAGUGUAAACCGGGGCUUAUAAGAGUUAUGUUUAUUGCUUGUGUGUAUAUCUGUAACUGGCUGCACAAACCUAUCCAACGCAUAAGCUUUUUUAUAAAUGGCCAUAACUCUCAAAUGAAGCUUUAGUAUUUACAGGGCUUACGAUUUGAAUUGUAGCUAAAUUUUCCAAGUAGCACUAUCCGAUAAAUAGCCUUAUCUGUACAAACCACGACCCCUCCGUUUUUAGGUAUUCUAUUCUGGUGGAUUAUUUUAUAUUACUGGGGUAAUCAUGUUACAGCUAUAAUGAUUAUUGCUGUAUGUCCAAUGAGUGAUAGCUUUAAAGUUUGUUCGUUCACUGCAAUCAGAGAUAUAAAUCAUGUUGACCGUUGGUUGUCCGUUAAUCUCUCACUGUGGACACACGUUGCCAUGAAAAUAAGACGCAGGCCAGGCCGAAAGUGUUUACAUUUCCACAAGCCUAGGCCUGGUCUAGGUCACCACUUGUAGUGAGCCCAGAUUUCCAGGCAAGCCAAAGUCUGUUUACAAUGUCAAAAUGUAGGCCAAGGCUAAUCCAAGGCUUGUACUGUAAACACGACUCAUGAAAUGUUGGGUGUUUAAGGCUACUUGUUACCAACCACAGUCUUCUGAUUGCUAUUACUUGGUUAGUACAAUAGUGUAUUACGGUUUUUUAGGUACAGACUACACUGUCCAAUUCAAUCCGUUGGACGUGCAUGGGGUGUCAAACGUCAUGUCGACGUUGAACCGCGCAUUUCAACACUUAUUUGACCGACUUACGAGUAAUAUGGCUCCUCACGAUCAAGUUCGCUUGACCUCAACUCGCAUCAGCUGGAUAAAUCCAUUUCCUUGCCUUUCCUACAACGCGAUCGUUUAACCCCAGAACGUUUCCUAGCUGCUAUUGAACGUGUCGUACAGUCCAAUGAUCAAUUUACUUUGGAUGACUUUGUCAGCGUCAACGUGGUUCAUAUGGAAAUGCCCAACGGUGCCGGUAGAAAACGACGUGACGUUGUGAACUUGGAAAGUUACUUAACGAAAAAACGAGGCAUAGUUCAAGUCAAAAACAAAGAUGAUCUCUGUUGUGCCCGCGCGAUCGUGGUGGCAAAAGCAAUAUUGGACAAAGAUCCGCAGUACAAGAGUAUCGUUAGUCGCACUGGUACACUGCAAGAUCGUUUAGCCCAAGAACUUCACGAGUCAGCGGGUGUUUCUCUUGGUUCCUGUGGCAUCCCAGAAAUCAAGAAGUUCCAAGCUGCUCUUCCUGGUUAUCAGCUGAACGUGAUCUCUAAAGAACAUUUGAACGCUAUGAUUUAUUCCGGUCCUGAAGCUGAGAAACACCUAUACUUGUACCACCAUGACAACCAUUUCGACGUCAUCACCAGUAUGCCUGCCUUCCUCGCCCGUAAACAGUAUUGCCAUAAAUGCAAGAAGGGAUUCGACAAAAUCACCAGUCACCCGUGUGGGGAUCUGUGCAAGCUGUGUCAUACCCAGAACUGUUUCCUCGUUGAAUGGAAAUUUUGCAAAGACUGUAACCGUUUCUUUAAAAGUGACGAAUGCUUCAAACGCCAUAAAGAUGACGCCGGUCCUGCCAAAUCCUUGUGUUGUGCUUUAAUUAAAUGUAAGAAAUGUAAACGUGUUGUUACUCGUGCCAGUCUUCGUGAUCAUCAUUGUGGCAAAGUGAGAUGUUCCACCUGUCAACAUGGACAACAUGGCGUCCGGUAGCACCGCCACGAGUAGCUAGCUGGCAAGAUGCUUUUAACUUAGAUCUAUUGAGCGAUAAGAAUAUUGAAAAGUAUCUAUUUAGUAAUAAUAAAGGAAAUCUAAAAUGGUAUGGCGAUUCUGUGUUACUACAAGAGUUAUUUGACCAUCUACUACAACAUCAGUUAAUCAGGUCGAAACCAGGCGGUUAUUGUAGAAAACUCGAAGGAGACGGUUUUACAAUUAGAUGGUACUCCGAUAACGGCACGCUGACAGUUAGCGAAGCGAAGGAGGAAAAGAUUAAAAGAUAUCUUCAACACAUUUUGACAAAAGAACCAGACUCUAUUAUUGAUAUGUCGGUAAGUCACUCAGACAAACAUGAUAUCGAUGGGGAAAACCUUAAUGUCAAUGACGGCGUAUCGCAGUAUGAAACAUCAUUGAAUCACGGUAACGAAUCGGACAAGACAAGUAUAGAUAGCCUGUCGACUAUUCUUGAAGAAUUUAAAUCUGUUGAACGGAGAUUAGACCGAAAAAUUGAUGAUAUUGCUCUCGACAUACGCAGAAUUAAAGAAGCAGACAAUUUCAAAUUCCCCUUGUCACGCGAUUAA